GUUGUUGUUACUCUAAUCAACUCUAAUGUUUUGAAUUUAAUGUCAAUGUCAAACAUCAUGUAGACACAAACUCAAAAUAUUGCGUGAAAUUACUGUGUUAUAAAACAAGAAAAUAUUCACUGAUAGAUUAUUAAAAUCGUUGUGAUAUCUUGUAUGGAGAUGUUACACAACUGCUGAUCUUUGAAAUGAUUCACAAGUGGUGGCACCGGUUCGUCCGUAAAAGGACCAAACCUAUUCCAGUAGACACAGCGAUACUUUGGAAACGAAGACUUAGUAUAGCAUAUGGCUUGUUAGCUUGGAAUGCAUUUGGUUUAGUGUUAUACAGUUCCUACAAGGGCAAAGCUGACUGGGCCCACUACUAUGGUAUCAAAACAGAUGAAGAGUAUUCUACUCCACCAGGAGAAGCGUGGGCCAAUACAUUAGGUAUAAAAAGUGCCAAAGUUUACAGGAUUGCUGGUCUCAAAAAAGUUGAUGAAUAUGAUAUAGUAGAUGGACAUGGAGUAAGGACUAAGAAAGAAGAAACAGCUGAAAGUCAAGAGACUCUAAAUGAAUAAAUUAUAUAGUUACUUUUUAAAUUAUUAAUAAAACACUAGUAGUUAAAUAAAUAA